GGACUCGGCCGAUAUACCCAGUCCGCUCGGGUCAAUGACCUUUGAGCUGUCUGCCGCCGACCUCAGCACCAUCUUCAAUCCCUCCAAGAACCCAGAGCAUCUGCAGACCCUCGGCGGCAUUGAAGCGGUGGUCUCGGCCCUCAAGAUCGAUGUGAGCCAGGGUAUUACUUCCAGCACUGUCGACGAGCGGAAGCGCGUGUUUGGAGAAAACACCCUUCCUCCCGUUGUCUCCAAGUCCCUCGGCCAGCUGAUGCUUGCGGCGCUGUCAGAGAAGAUCAUGAUCAUCUUGUCCAUCUCUGCAGUCGUGUCGCUUGGCGUUGGCCUGUACGAGGACUUUUCGCCCAGCAACACCGAGGGUAUGACCCACUGGAUCGAGGGGUUCGCAAUCCUUGUUGCUGUCGUGAUUGUCGUCAUGGCCGCGAGCAUCAACGACUACCAGAAGGAGAAGCAGUUCCGGAAGCUCAAUGCCCAAAAGGACGACAAGGUCGUCAAGGCCAUCCGCGGAGGAGAGACCAAGCUCAUUUCGGUUUACAGCAUACUGGUUGGAGAAAUCCUGGUCCUCGAACCCGGCGAUGUGAUCGUCGCCGACGGUUUGGUUUUGAGCGGUCUGCUCAAGUCAGACGAAUCGUCGGCCACGGGCGAAAGUGACGCCAUCAAAAAGUCGCCGCAGGGCGACUGUCUACUUCUCAGCGGCAGCAAAAUCCUCGAAGGCACCGGCCGCUAUAUCGUCACGGGUGUUGGAACCAACUCGUUUUUCGGAAGGAUCAUGAUGGCAAUGCGAACCGAGACUGAGGAGACCCCGCUUCAGAUAAAGCUUGACGGCGUUACCGAGAACAUUGCCAAACUUGGAUCUGCAACAGCACUUCUGAUGCUCCUCUGUCUGCUCAUCAAAUACUUCAUCACCGUCACGUCAACAACCGGGUUUGGCUCUGCCCCAGGGCAGCAAAACGCCACUAUGACAGCAACUGCAAUCAUCAACAUCCUGAUCUCGUCCAUCACAAUCGUCGUCGUGGCCGUGCCGGAGGGUCUGCCGCUGGCCGUAACUCUGGCACUCGCCUAUGCCACAACCAAGAUGCUCAAGGACCGAAACCUUGUUCGAACCAUUUCGGCGUGCGAGACCAUGGGGAACGCAACGACGGUGUGCUCCGACAAAACAGGCACUCUCACUCAAAACAAAAUGACUGUUGUCCGAGGCGUUAUCGGAUGUAACCUGCAUUUUGGCAAGGCCGAUAUCAAGGACAUUCCCAGCCGGGUUGGCCAGGUGGAAGGCGUUGGCUUUCGUGGGCUGGAUGGUGCUCGCCUGCUUCGGCUGGUCAUCGAAAACGCCGCUCUAAACUCGUCUGCGUUUGAGGGCUACAACGAAAAAACGGGCGAGAAGGGCUUUGUGGGCUCCAAGACCGAGACCGCACUGCUCGACUGGAUUGUCAAGAUGGGCUCGGACUAUUCGCAGCUCAGAGCAGAUCCCGCCAACCGAAUCGUGCACGUCUACCCGUUCUCGUCCGAGCGCAAGUCCAUGACGACGCUGAUCAUGGCGCAGGACGGUGAUCACGUUGUGUACCGAGUCUUUGUCAAGGGUGCCUCGGAGAUUGUGCUCAAGUACUGCAGCCGUAUUGCCAUCCUGAGUCAACUGGACGACGUGGAGCCCCCACGGAUCGAGCCUCUGGACGAGAACCACAUCCACGACAUGGAGCGCCUGAUCAAAAGCUAUGCACAGCUCUCGCUGCGAACCAUCUGCAUGGCUUACCGCGAGUGGUCCAAGCCAGAGUUUGAUUCCUGGAUCAGCGGAUCGAUUCGUGAACGGAUCCGAGAGGCCCGCCAUGAGGAAUGGAAGCAAAAGAUUGAUCGACAGAUCGAAGAAAACGGCGGUGUGAUCAUCCCCAUCGACGACGGCACUAUCGACCUUGAGUUCCAAGACACGCCUCUGACAGACGAAGAGGUUCUGGCCCAUCCCCUCGCUCUGGCUGAGCUGGGCGGAUGCGAUUUGAUAUGCACCUCUAUCGUUGGAAUCGAGGACCCGCUCCGCCCUGGUGUCAAGGAGGCUGUUCGAGACUGCCAGCGCGCUGGGGUGUUUGUUCGCAUGGUCACCGGCGAUAACAUCAUCACCGCCAAGGCGAUUGCAAGCCAGUGUGGCAUCUACUGUCGCGGCGGGGUGAUCAUGGAGGGGGCGCAGUUUCGCAACCUGAGUCUGGAAGAGAUGGACGCCAUCCUGCCGCGACUCCAGGUGCUCGCUCGCUCAAGCCCGACCGACAAGCAGCUGCUGGUCGGUAGGCUCAAGCACCUUGGCGAGACCGUCGCAGUCACGGGCGACGGCACGAAUGAUGGUCCGGCCCUGAAGAUGGCCGACAUUGGCUUCUCCAUGGGCAUCGCCGGCACCGAAGUGGCCAAGGAGGCUUCGUCUAUCAUUCUGAUGGACGACAACUUUGCGUCCAUCGUCAAGGCUCUCGAGUGGGGUCGCUGCGUCAACGACGCCGUCAAAAAGUUCAUCAUGUUCCAGCUGACGGUCAACAUCACUGCAGUCGUGGUGUCGUUCAUAAGUAGUUUGAUGGAUGCAAACGAGGGCUCGGCUUUGACAGCCGUGCAGCUGCUCUGGGUCAACUUGAUCAUGGACAGCCUUGCUGCCCUGGUCUAUGCCACGGAAACACCAAGCCGCGACUUGCUCGAUCGCAAUCCGGACAGCAAAGCGGCAUCGCUGAUCAACAUCAGCAUGUGCAAGAUGAUUCUGUUGCAGUCGGGCUUCCAGAUCGCUGUCAAUCUUUCCAUUUUGCUCGCGGGGCCCACGCUCUUCACUCUGCCAGAGCUUCGCAAUGCUGGCGGGAUCCUCAACUCCUCGGUCUUGGUCACGGACCCACUUUAUCCCAUCAUCAGCGCCGAGAAAGUCGUUCUCAAGACCAUUCUCUUCAACACCUUUGUGUUCUUGCAGAUCUUCAACCUGAUCAAUUGCUGCCGCAUUGACAACCAGCUCAACGUCUUCCGAAACUUCUUCCGAAACCCGAUCGCAAUCGGCAUCGUCAUCUUCAUUGCCAUUGGCCAGGCUCUCAUUGUCCAGUUCGGUGCCGUGGCCUUCCAGACAACGCCUUUGAGCGGGGUGCAAUGGGCGGCCUGCAUCGUCAUCGGAUUCAUCUCGAUUCCGCUGGGAGCCAUCAUCCGCCUCAUUCCCAACGGAAUCUUCAUCUGCUUCCGGUCCCAGGAAGCUUCCCCAAAAGUGCUUCCGCUGGGCCUCUCGGGGUAUCAGCUGGAGCGAACGUCCGUCGCACGAUCGAACCUCAGUCUCGUGGAGACACACCCACACCUCUCGCGCACAAGCACAACGACAUACAAUGCUAUUCGCGGCCACAAGCGAACCUGAGCCGUUCUCGGGCUGCCGCUCGGUGGUAUCGUUGGGGGGCCCUAUUGUCCGUGCAAAUCCCCCUCCAACGAGAGCACAGAUCCUUCGGCCUCGCCUCGCUCUUUCUCUCUCAACACUAGAUCUUGUGGACACAGCGCUUUGCACAGCAAUUCAAUAGACGACGUUUUCCGAG